CAACCACAAUAUUCCUAAUCACAAGAUUCCAUUCUUCUUCUUGACUGACUUGACUCGUGCUUUAGUCUGGAUCGUCUCUACUUCGUUAAUCGCUUGCAAUUUGAAUAUUGCAUUGUGUUUUAAAUACUAUGUGUCAUCCAAUAUAAUUUUCCCACAAUCAUAGAUGAAGUUCAGCUGAAUCUCUCGAUGUGCACAACCGUCAAUUUCAAUUAGAUAACAUGUAAUAAAUCACAAAUAGCGUGACGCACCAGACCAAUCGAAAACAAGCCACAUAAAUCGAACACAGAUGGCUAGUACAGCAGCGGGUGAUAAAACAGUGAACAAAGUGGCAUUAUGCUCGGCUAUAUUCGCCGGCUUUGCUUACGUUGGAUACUCAGUUGUCCGCACUGCUUUCUGUCGAAAGCUGGCAAGGAAGGAUGGUGAAGGCUAUCCUGAGGAACAUCACAUCUUUUUCAGGAGGUUGUCACAAACAACACAGACUGAUGUACUGUUGGGAGAUCUCGACCUGUCUGGGUCGGGGAAAGUGGUGCUCAGGCCUCUCACUGUUCAGGAGAGGAUUCGCGAAUUGAAUCUUCGAGCGAGGAUGUUCACUGACACAAUGCUGGCCAUCCAAGGAUCAGCUGGCCCAUCUCCUAAACACUCUCCCUUGCCGGGUCCUGCUAGCUUACAGUGUUCGCCUUGGGGCUCUCCUAGGAUACUUAGUCCCGUUGAUGUGAGACACAUUCUAGCCAGUCGUUCAUCGGAGAACCUGACCCUGUUGGGUUCCCCUGUGAAACGGCGCUAUAACCGCAGAUCUCUUCGAAGACAACGAUCACCUCAUAUGAUAUUACAAGAUUGUAGUAAAAAUGAGGAUUCCGAAUUAGAAGCUCAAAAAUUGUUCAAAGACACUCAGGGAGACUUGAAGAAGAAUCUGGAAUCUCUGUCACUGAGAGAAAGAGUUAUGAACCUACAGGAAGCAAAAAGCUUGGUGGCUCUUCUCCACUGUAAAGAUAAUCAAUUACUCGAACGAACACUCAAUACCAUUGCAAAUCUUAGCACAUUUGCGGCAAAUCAGGAUAUGAUGAGGGAAGCUGGGUGCUUAUAUAGACUGCAAAAGCUUCUAUCUAGUUCAAGUGUUAGUGUGCAAAAUGCCGCAAUUAGAGCAUUGGGUAACUUAGCUCUCAAUGAAGGCAACCAAAAAGAAAUGAAGGAUAUCAUCCCAGUACUGCUGUCAUUUAUUUUGCAUCGGCACAAAUGCGUUGAUGCACAAGUCAAUUAUGUGCUGUUUACACUGACCAAUAUUGCCGUGUUGUCAGCCUGGCAUGAGGAGUUCUACUCAGUUCUGCACAACUUGUUUCGAAUGAUUGAUGACGAAAAACCUCAACUGAAGCUUCAAGCACUGAAAUUACUCAUCAACCUAGCCUGCAACGAAGAUAUGGUGCCGAGUCUCCUGGCUGCUCAGGCCCCUCGUCGAUUGAUCUACAUGUUAGAUCCUCUCUCUAAUGAGGAUAUUUUACUCCGUAUUGUAACCCUAGUACAAAUUGAAAAGUAUGCUGCUGUAUUUGGCGUCAAUGUACAGGAGAAAAUUCAGAGAAAAUCGUUUGUUCUGAUGAAUCAGCACCCGAAUGAGGACAUUCGCAUCCAGGCACGCAAAAUCUACGAAGCAGUGAAAUCCUGAGAACUUGCCAUGAGUCAGCGAGAACCUUGCUCGCUGCUCAGUCCUUCAGUAGUCGUCAGCCGGCACUAGAUUUAUGCUUCGUCUACAGUUGUUGGUGUUGAUGGUAGACAAAAACUUGAUCAUACAACGCAGCUGGUUAAAGAGGAGAUAACAGGUGUGCCAGGUAACAAACAAUCCUACUCAAAUCAACUACAAUGGAAUAUAUGCAGGACCUGAUAUCUUAUUGAAGAGGAGAUAAAGAGGUGUGAAGAUAACAUACAAAAUCUACUGAAAUCAUCUAGGCUACAAUAUUGUAAAUAGCACAUCGUCGAACUUGAAAUUAAUUCUGGCUUUACAUUCACGAUAUCUGUCAAAUCAUGGAAUUAAUUGAAAUGCAAUUAGUAUAUUGUGGUGUAGUCUAUGAAAGAAAUGUGCAAUAUUGAAUAUGCAAUAUGAAAUAUACAAUUCUCAUAACUGCUGCAAUUUAAAUGCAACUAAUUCAAUGUUUGAAAUGACAAUAUUGUUGCUGGGUUAUUUAUUAAAAAUCAAGCUCUAGUUUUUCCAUUUGUCAAAUUGUUGAAAACACUAUUUCAUAUAAUAUAUGUGAAGUCAUUUUUACAUGAAAUGGAGUUCCAAAAAAGUAGGGAGGAAUCCUGCAGACAGGUGCAAAAAUGUGCAAACAUUGAAAGAAAAAUUUUAUUAAUUUAUUGGAUUAAUGUUACGGAUAUCAAUCUCAGUCCUGAUUUUCGAUUUCGGGAUUGAGAAAAAUAGUUCUGGGUGGGUAAAAAUAAUUUUUAUUCAUUUUUUUGCCAAUACUAUCAGCUAUCUAAAUACUAAUACGCUAUUUUUUUCUGGCCCAACAUACUAAUUGAAAAAUGAAACAGCGAAUUUCUCAUAGGAAACUCUUACUGCUAUUGUUGAAUUUAUUUGUACACUUCUUGACUGCACUAUAAAAGCUAGAUUCCACUCUAUCGCCGCUCUGCUCUUUCACUGGACACUAAUUGAACAAUGUACUGCACUAGUUCAAACGGUUUCCUUCCUCCUAUUGAGCAUGCGCACCAACCCUCCAUUGUUUAGCAGCUGGAUCGCCUCAACGUUGUCGUAUUGGUGCAGUCGCCCCUCGUGCCUCUCCGCAUGCCUCAAAAUUCAAAAUUCUCCAUUUGCUAGAACAUUUUACAAAAUUUAUAAGCUCUUCAUAUACUAUAAAAAUUCUGUGUAGCCUACAUGAUGCUUAACACAAAAUACACAAUUCAAUAUAACAGAACACAACACUGAGUAAAUAGAUUCAACAGGAAAAGCAGAAUUUAUAAGGAUAACAGACCUUAAUUAAUCCAAACAUACAGAACACAAUUCAACUAAAUAUUUCAACUAGCAUUUAUAUGGAGCACUCAAAGAACUCAUUCAUUAAAUAGUACGCCCUUUCUAUCAAUUUAUUCUUCACCACUCUCUUAAACUUCGUUAUUGUCAGCUCUUUAACAGCUGAAGGAAGACUGUUGUAGAUUUUAAUUUGCUGGUAUAGGUGGCUAUCCCUUGUUUUAGAGAGUCUUAUUUGUGGGAUUAAAAGAUCUUCUGUAUCUCGGUGGACACCAGAUCAACGUGCAGGUCUCUAUGAAGCUUGCUGUUCCUGACUAACUCUGGACCUGAUUUAAAUUUGAAUUAAAAAAAAUUGACCUACUUAGGAGCAUCCACAAUGUUUCUCAGCACCUUGUUCUGGAAUCGGUAUGACAUUGAUGUUGUUGUCUUUGGUACACCCCCAAAGUUGUAUACCAUACGUCCAUACUGGUCUUUUUUACCUGUUUUUACAGGAGUACAUUAUUUGGAUUGAAAGGAUGGAGUUUCUUCUAAUCAGCCAAUAAAGUAUCUUAUUUUUGAUUCCAAGCUCUAUAAAGUAUCUUAUUUUCGAUUCCACACGCACCACAAAAAUUCAUUUACAUGAAAAUCAGUGGUGGAUGAUGGGUUAUUAUGUU